UUGGCUGCUGAUCUCUGAUAGACAAUCCCCCCGGCAGGCAGGAGAUGCUCUGUGUGUGCGAGAGCGAGAGAGAGACAGAGACAGCGAGAGCGAACGACAGAGACAGAGAGAGAGAAAUGUGCUUCACAUGCCAGUCGGAGGGAUCCCUGCACUCAUCCUGGCACCCUGGCACUGACUGGCACCCCAAUGGCACCCCGGCUUGCCUGCCUGCUCUGCGUCUGCUUCUCCCUGGCGCCCUGCUCUGCCCCCUCUAGCAAUGAAGUGAAUUUGUUAGAAACGGCUACAAUUCCCGGGGACUGGGGCUGGCUCACCUACCCCCCACACGGGUGGGACUCCAUCAGCGAAAUGGAUGAGUUCUUCAGCCCCAUUCACACCUACCAAGUGUGUAACGUCAUGUCCCCCAACCAGAACAACUGGCUCCGAACCAACUGGGUCGCAAGGGACGGUGCCCGCCGGGUCUACGUGGAGGUGAAGUUCACCCUGAGGGACUGCAAUAGCAUGCCCGGGGUGUCGGGCACCUGUAAGGAGACCUUUAACCUCUUCUACCUGGAGAGCGACCGGGACCUGGGCACCGGAACCCAACAGAACCACUUCAUGAAGAUCGACACCAUCGCGGCGGAUGAGAGUUUCACCAACGUGGAUCUGGGGGUCCGGAAACUCAAGUUAAAUACGGAGGUGCGUGGGGUUGGGCCCCUCAGCAGGCGGGGCUUUUACUUGGCCUUUCAGGACAUCGGGGCGUGCAUCGCCAUUGUAUCGGUGCGAGUUUAUUACAAGAAGUGCCCCCCCAUGGUCAGGAACUUGGCGGCAUUUACUGAGGCCGUAACGGGGUCCGACUCCUCCUCCCUGGUGGAAGUGCAAGGGGAGUGUGUGGGGAACUCGGAGGAGAGAGACCCCCCAAAGAUGUACUGUAGCUCCGAGGGGGAGUGGCUUGUCCCCAUUGGCAAAUGUGUCUGCAGCGCCGGCUUCGAAGAGCGGAGCGACUCCUGUGUAGCCUGUGAUCUCGGCUACUACAAGUCGUUCCCUGGGGACCAGCGGUGCUACAAAUGCCCCCCAUUCAGCCACUCGGAGACCCUCGCUGCCCAGCUCUGCCCCUGUGGCACUAACUACUACCGCUCAGCAACGGACCCCCCCUCAGCUCCCUGCACACGCCCUCCUUCCGGCCCAGAGAACCUGAUCUCCAGCGUCAAUGGCACCUCGGUCUCCUUGGAUUGGACCCCACCUCUGGACUCAGGGGGGCGCAGGGAUGUGACCUACAAUGUCAUUUGCCGGCGCUGCGCUUGGGAUGCGGGUCAGUGCGAGCCCUGCGGGGGUGGGGUACGUUACACCCCCCAACAGAUGGGCCUGGCACGGACCUCCCUUACGGUGGCCAAUCUCCAGGCCCACAUGAACUACACCUUCUGGGUGGAGGCCACCAACGGGGUGUCCGACUUUAGCCUGGAGCCACGGAUGUUUUCCUCAGUGAAUAUAACCACCAACCAGGCAGCACCGUCCCAGGUUCUGGCCAUUCGGCACCAGAAAGCCUGGCAAACCAGCAUCAGCCUCCUGUGGCCGGAACCAGAACAGCCCAAUGGCGUCAUCCUGGAGUAUGAGAUUAAGUACUAUGAGAAGGGGCAGGAGAUGCACAGUUACUCCACUCUCAGAGCCAAGGAGACUCGAGCCAUUGUGUCCGGACUCAAGCCGGGGACCCACUAUGUGUUCCAGGUCCGGGCCCGCACCUCGGCCGGGUGUGGCAGGUUCAGCCCCACAGUGGAAGUGGAGACCAGUAAAGCCAUGGCGCUUCGGUACAACACAAGGACCAUCGUGUGGAUCUGUCUGAUUCUCAUUACCGGCCUCGUUAUCCUCCUGUCUGUUCUGAUUUGCAAGAAAAGACACUGCGGAUACAGCAAGGCCUUCCAGGACUCCGAUGAAAAGAAACUGCAGAACGGACACAUUACCCUGGCGGCCUCCAAGCUGUACGUGGAUCCGCACACAUACGAGGACCCGUGCCAGGCUGUGCGCGACUUUGCACGAGAGAUCGAAGCCUCAAGGAUUAGAAUCGAGAAGAUCAUCGGAUCAGGAGAGUUCGGGGAGGUUUGUUAUGGGCGCCUGAAGGUGCCAGGCAAGCGGGAAAUCCCAGUCGCCAUCAAGACCCUGAAAGCCGGUUACAGCGAGAAGCAAAGGCGUGACUUCCUCAGCGAGGCCAGCAUCAUGGCGCAGUUUGACCAUCCCAAUAUCAUUCGCCUGGAGGGGGUAGUGACACGCAGCAAACUAACCAUGAUUGUAACGGAAUAUAUGGAGAAUGGAUCUCUGGAUUCCUUCCUUAAGAGUCGGGAUGGGCAGUUCAACAUAAUUCAGCUGGUGGGCAUGCUGAGGGGCAUUUCUGCGGGCAUGAAGUACCUCUCUGACCUGGGCUACAUCCAUCGAGAUCUGGCUGCCCGCAACAUCCUGGUCAACAAUAACAUGGUCUGCAAAGUCUCCGACUUUGGCCUCUCGCGUAUUUUGGAGGAUGACCCUGACGCUGCUUAUACGACUACGGGGGGCAAAAUUCCCAUCCGUUGGACGGCGCCUGAAGCCAUCACUUACCGCAAGUUCUCCUCGGCCAGUGACGUGUGGAGCUUUGGGAUAGUCAUGUGGGAGGUGCUAGCGUACGGGGAGCGGCCAUACUGGAACAUGACCAACCGAGAUGUGAUAAAUUCGGUGGAGGAGGGGUACCGGCUCCCUGCCCCCAUGGGCUGCCCCGCGGCGUUGCACCAACUCAUGCUGGAUUGCUGGCAGAGGGACCGGAACGAGCGGCCUCGAUUCUCCCUCAUCGUCAGCGUUCUAGAUAAUUUCCUGCGGAAUCCGGAGAACCUCAAGGCUAGUGCUACUGUCAGCAGAUUCACCCACCCGCGGUUGGACAGAGGGCACCUUGACGUAUCUAGCUGUGCCAGCGUGGAUGCCUGGUUGGACUCCAUAAAGAUGGGACGAUACAAGGAGAACUUUCUGAUGGGUGGAUACUCCUCCCUGGGACUGGUCAUGAGAAUGAACAUAGAAGACAUCCGGCAGCUGGGCAUCUCUCUCGUUGGGCACCAGAAGAAGAUCCUCACCAGUAUCCAGAUCAUGAGAGCGCAACUCAUCAAUACCCUGGGGCCCCGGAUGCACCUGUGAUGGGGGGCUUGUAGGUGGAGCCA